AUGACUGUUGCUGAGUAUACUAGCAGGUUUGAGGAGUUAUGUCGCUUUUCUCGUAUUUGUCAAGGUGCGCCCGAUGAUUUUGCUGAGUGGAAAUGUAUUAAGUAUGAGGGAGGUCUUCGAAGUGAUAUUCUGAUCUUCGUUGCACCAAUGGAGAUCAGAGUAUUUUCAGAACUGGUAAACAAAAGUAGAGUUGUUGAGGAUUGUCUGAAAAAGGCGACAUCAGAUAAGAGUGAUCAGCGAAUUUUUGUUAGGAGAGAUCAGGGAAGGAACUUCGCCCCUAGAGGACAAGAUUUUAAGCGAGGCGGUUACACCCCACAACCACAUUUGGGUCAGAAUAACUUCCAGAGAUUCAGUAAUAAUAACAGCCAGGGAAGAGGCAAAGGAAAGCAAGCUCAGACCCCACCGAAUGAUUUAACUUGUAGGAAGUGUGGAAAGUACCACCCGAAUACUCCGUGCAGGGCUGGUUUAGGUGUAUGCUAUUACUGUGGUGAAGCUGGGCAUUUGUCUUGGAAUUGUCCAGAAAAGAAGAAGAAUCAAGAAGCUGGAAAGGCACAACAUCAGGGACGCGUGUUCACUAUGACAGCGGAUGGUGCUGGAACCGCAGAUACUCCGAUUAGAGGUAAUCACGCACUGAUGAUCGAAAUUUCCGACUGCCUUGCGUAA